UGGCCGGUCUCCAGGUCUUCUUCCCGCCCGCUUCCAUCAUCCUUUUCACUGUCCACAGGCCUUUUAAGUAGAACAACCACCGCAACCGGGGUACAUUAGCGCGGCCUUCUUCUGCGCUCAUUCCCAUGCCCCUCAACCGCACCGCCCCGCAGUUCAUUCUCAAGUCUUUGGUGUCGACUCUGCCAAGACCAAGCAACUUUGCACUCAAACAAGUCAAUCUACACCUUCAAUCCAUCAAGAGACUAUCUUCAUACCCACCAUCCAAAAUGUCUGGCACAAGAGUUCACCGCGUCACCAUGUUCAAGCUGCCCAACCCGGAGGACCAGCAGAAGCUCCUGGCGGCUUACGAGCAGUUGGCCAAGACUCAGUCCAAGGAUGGCAAGCCAUACAUCCUGUCCCUCUGCGCAGGCGCGGCAGCCGACGAUGCCAGGGCGCAGGGCUACACCAUCGUGGCCAAGAGCGAGUUUGCCAGCGAGGAAGACAUGAAGUACUAUGACACGGAGUGCCAGGCCCACGGUGAGCUCAAGAAGACGGCCCACGGCCUCACCUUGGCCGACAAGCCCUUGACUGUCUACUUUUCGGGCUCGCCGCAGCUGUCUGUCUAAGUAUAUGGGAGAAAGCUCGGUCACUGACAGAAGCCAAGCUGGAUGUUUUAUUUUUUUCUUCAGGAGUGUGACUAUUCUCAAUGGAAUUUGUGUAUUCUCUCUCUUUUCAGGAUAGGAAUCAUUUCUCUGAAUAUGCAUUCAUCUCGAAAAGUCACCCUGUUGUUUUGUAGUCUCACUCUUUUGCCGUUGCGUUUUGAAUGAAAAACACAACAUGAUUGCGCUAAUAUGGCUGUUAGUCAC